AUGCAGGCUAAUCACCUUUUCUUCCAAAAAUACGAGCCUUUUGGUCGAACAGUGCUCUAUGUCCUGGCAUUACUGCUCGUCGAGCCAGUCGUCCUCUGCCUUUUGCUAGCUUAUGCUAGCCCUGCAGCGACCGUGCAAUGGACCAACUACAUCUUUGCAUAUGGAGCUUUCUUCGCCUCCCUAUUAUCCUCCAUCAUCCUGUAUCGGCUUUCACCAUUCCAUCCCUUGGCAAAGGUACCUGGACCCAUGAUGCACAAAGUAUCGAAAUUGUGGUCCGUAUGGAUAUGCUGGCAAGGACGGCAGCAUACCGAAUUCAAGGCGAUGCAUGACAAGUAUGGACCUGUAGUUCGAACUGGUCCCAACGAAAUUUCCGUCAUCGACCCAAACGCCGUGACCGAUGUCCUUGGCGCGGGAGGACUGCCAAAGGGAAAAUGGUACCUCGCUCGACAAGACGAACAAGCUCCCUCAAAUUUGCUUACUCUCACCGGAGAGAAGCAUGCGAAUAGACGUCGAGUUUGGAAUCGUGGGUUCAAUGCGGGUGCUCUGGAGGAAUACGACGAGAUUCUAGCUAAAAGUGCUACGCAGCUUGUUGACGGAAUACAAGCCCGUUCAGAAUCGCAGGGGGAAGUUGAUUUGACUACUUGGUUCAAUUACUUUAGCUACGAUUUCAUGGCAGAGUUUGUAUUCGGCGGAGGCUCGGACAUGCUCAAAGAAGGAAAAGACGAGAAGGGGAUCCUUGAACUGCUAGAGCACCACAUGAUAACAGGAGCCCUUGUCUCUCACAUCCCGUGGUUCUUCUAUCUCGGAAAUAGGAUACCCGGGGCGACCCAGUCGACUUUGAAGAUGCGUGCACAUGCUAUGAAGUGGGUACAGGAUCGUUUGAAGAAAGGGGCUGAAAUAAAAGACCUUUGGUAUCAUUUGACGGAUGAGGCAGCACGCGAAAAGGAAGAGCAGCCGUUAAGGAAGGAAGUUGUCGCCGAUGCACUAAUGGCGAUCGUUGCCGGGGCAGAUACAACAAGUGUGGCGUUGACAAAUUUCUUCUAUUUAAUCCUCAAACAUCCGGAGCAUUAUCAGCGUGUACAGGAAGAGGUUGAUAGAGUGUAUGCAGAUGUAGAUGCGACUGAUAUUUCGAAGCAGUCAGAGCUCAAAUUUCUGUCGGCUUGCUUGGAUGAAGCUCUGCGCUUACUGCCGCCUGGUUUGACUGGCGGACCAAGGCAAGUACCCCAAGGUGGACGAAUGAUCGUUGGAUAUUUUCUUCCAGAGGGCACACAAGUCUACCUUCCUCCAUAUGUCAUGCAUAGAAAUCCCGAAUGCUUCUAUCCUCGCACCAACGACUUUGUUCCUUCUCGGUGGCUCUCUGCCGCGGACUCGGAUUCAGACUCGGAAACCUCAUUCUCAGAGAAGAUACAUGACAGAAAAGCUUUCCUUUCCUUCUCAUUCGGGCCAGCUAAUUGUGUUGGAAAGAAACUAGCAAGACGGGAGAUGCUUAUGGUGAUCAGCUUGAUGAUGCAGAGAUUUCGAUUUGCAUUUGCCAAAGAUUUUGACUGGGAACGAUGGCCACAGUCAAUGAAGGACUUUUUCGCGACUUCAAGGGGACCUCUGAGGGUUGUCGCUCGGACGAAAUAA